AUGAGAAGGAAGAAACCGAUGCUGAUGGGGGAUUGGGCGACGGAGUGUAAUUUAGAUCGGAACAGGGACCUCUGGAGGGUGGAGGAGGGGGGUGUUCAUCCUCCGGGCCCCCGGGGGGCGACGCCAACGAGGCUGACGUUGAUUGGGGAGCUGUGUUUCAAGGAUCCUCCGAUCGUGAGCAUACCAAGAUUCGACUCUCUCACUCGAGAAAAGAAGGGAAGGGGGAGGGGCUGCCGGCCCCUCCUGGGCCCCAAAUGCAACAAGAAAGCAUGCCUUACCGUCGUACAACAGCCCGCAGAUUCGCACCGCUCGGGGCGUUACCGGGGGUCUGAAGAUCUCUUGGGAUCAUUCAUACAUUGGGGUCUUUGGAGGGGAACGUUUCUGCCGUGUACCGUGGCGAUGAGAGACAAGCGCCCGCCCGGGACCAGUCCGUGCGGAUCUGAGAACCGCGCAGGCAGCAGAAAGGCGAGGGAGGCUCGGUGCCGGUGA